AUUAUUCGAGUGAUUAAAAACAACCGACCAGGCACAUCCCGCCCCCUACGCUUACUUGUUUGCUUGCCUUCCCAAUUCUUUUUUGGGCCGUUUCCUUAAUGACACAUAAAAAAGCGAGAUAUGCCAAAGAAGUAGCCCUUCAGGUUGUUCAAAGGGUUUCGCUUUUUACCGUUCUUGUUUUUCCUUGCAAAUUAUCUGGUAGGUAAAGCAAAGAAAACAUGUUUCGUAACGUACAAUCACUAGUCAGACAUUCUAGACAACUACCGAUCGCUAAGAAAAGUUAUGCACGAAUAUCAACAACCAUUCCAAAAUCUAAUACAGCUGCAGCAGAUUCAGAUGGAGAACCAGAUUUUUUGGAAAUGGUCAGUAUUUACGCUGAAAAUGCACACGCAAUUGCAUUAGAUAAACUUCUUUCAAGAAAGCCUGCCCCGGGGAAGAAAUUAGAAGAGUAUUCAUAUCGUGAAAAACAUAUUAAAGGUAUUUUGAACAUCAUUAAGCCUACAAAUACAGCACUUGCAGUCACAUUUCCACUGCAAAGAGAUAAUGGAGAAAUUGAAAUGGUUAAAGGUUAUAGAGCACAGCAUAGUCAUCAUAGACUUCCAUGUAAAGGAGGUAUUCGAUAUGCACUUGAUGUUGAUAUGGAUGAAGUAAAAGCAUUAGCUAUGCUGAUGACAUUUAAAUGUGCUGUAGUUGAUGUUCCUUUUGGAGGCGCUAAAGGAGGAAUUGCAAUUAAUAAGAGUGAUUAUUCGGAGCACGAGAUUGAGAAAAUUACAAGACGUUUUACGGUCGAGCUUGCUCGUAAAGGAUUCAUUGGUCCUGGUAUCGAUGUUCCUGCCCCCGACAUGGGAACUGGUGAAAAGGAAAUGAGUUGGAUGGCAGACACAUUCGCAAUGACUCUUGGGUAUGGUAAUAUUAAUGCAUCUGGUUGUGUUACUGGAAAGCCUAUUAGUCAAGGAGGUAUCCACGGACGUGUGUCCGCGACAGGAAGGGGUGUUUACCAUGGGAUAGACAAUUUCAUUCGUGAUGAGUAUUACAUGAAUUUGAUUGGACUAGAACCUGGUCUUAAAGGCAAGACAUUUGUUGUACAGGGAUUUGGUAACGUAGGAUUGCAUACCUGUCGUUACCUUCAUCGAUUUGGUGCUAAAUGCGUGGGAAUUAUUGAAUACGAUGGCAGUAUUAAAAACCCAGACGGCAUUGAUCCAAAAGCUCUCGAAGAUUACAAACUGGAAGCUGGAACCAUCGUUGGCUUUCCUGGAGCGACUGAUACCAAAGAAGACUUAAUGCAGGCCGAGUGCGACAUUCUUGUACCAGCUGCUAACGAGCGACAGAUCACUUCGAAAAAUGCUCAUCUCAUCAAAGCCAAGAUCAUUGCCGAAGGUGCUAAUGGUCCGACCACUCCAGCAGCCGAUAAGAUUUUACAAGAACGCAAACGUCUUGUCAUUCCUGAUCUGUACAUAAACGCCGGGGGUGUUACGGUAUCCUACUUUGAAUGGUUGAAAAACCUAAACCAUGUUUCAUAUGGUCGUUUGACGUGGAAGUAUGAGGAGGACUCCAACUACCAUCUGCUUGAUUCUGUCCAGCAGUCUUUAGGGGACCAUUUCGGUGCUAAUAUUCCCAUCACACCUACUGCUAAUUUUAAAAACCAAAUUAAGGGAGCAUCUGAAAAAGACAUUGUUCAUUCUGGUCUUGCGUUUACAAUGGAACGUUCAGCAAACCGUAUCAUGCAAACAGGCCAGGAAUACAACUUAGGAUUAGAUAUGCGAGCUGCUGGUUAUGUUGUUGCGUUGGAGAAAAUCUUCAACACGUACUCCGAAGCAGGACUUACCUUCACAUAAACUUACUAUAAUUUGUUUUAUUUUUUGUACUGUGUUGAAGUUUAUUUGAUUUUUAAAAAUACACGUCAAUUUAAA